AUGUCAACGAGAAGGAAGCAGUUGAAACCUAAAGCAAUCAAAGAUGGCGAAGCGAGUGAAGAAUGCGAUGAAAACUGUGACCGAAGUAUCGAUGAACAAAAUGGCAAACGGAUAAAAUUGGAGCUUAAUGGAAAUGCCGAUGCAAACGAUUUUGAAUCGGUAUCAUCUGGUUCUCGCCCUACUUCAACCUCAAUCAUUAACUCGACCAGUUAUGCCGCGACUGAUUUUUGCAAUAUGCACUGCAUUUUCUGCAACAAACCUUUCAGUGAUGUCACGGCUUUGCAGAACCAUAUCAUAACUGAUCAUAUGAAUAUGAAAAUUUUCCAAAAAGGUGCCGAAAAUUCAUCAGCAAAUGCUGUUAAAGUUUUUUUGAUGCGCAGCAGUAAUCAGAUGAAUGUGAAUGGUGACAUCGCAUCGUCGCUCGUCUGUCAACAGUGUGAUGCCAAAUUUACGAAUUUCGUUAAUUUUGGCCAACAUAUGAGAAUACAUUUAAAAAACGACGGCGAUGCUAAAUGCCAUUUAUGCAGCUCGACAUUUGGAAAUUCACAGUUAACUUGUGCUAUCGUUGAGAUCUAUUAA